AUGCCGCAGAUGACCGUCGCCCGUGCCACCCUCGGCAGUAGUCACAUCCUCGAGCGCCUUCUUGAUCCUUUGCUGGUGCGCCGGAUCGUCUCCAAUCCGGUCAAUCUGCGUGCAUUUGACAACUGGAAGCGAGAUCUUGACGAGGCCCUGGCUGAAGCCACUCCGGUUGCGCCUCCACACCCGAUUUUACGCCCGCGACAUGAAUCGGACAGUCUCUAUUUCCGGCCAGACGACGAUGCGCAGUACGUCGAAACAUAUGAUGUGGACCUUUCCGAACUGAAAGACUUUAUUGCGCUGUACCCUUCUCCAGACAACGUCGUUCCCGUCUUAGAAGACCGUAAAUACCGCGGGACACAGUCCGUCGCCUCUCUCAGAACCGUGUCUCCAGACCGCAAGGCUUUCGUGCUCCUUGACGAACAUGUCUCGUCUCGUCUUUUCAUCUUUCUCCCUUCGGCACUCAUCAUAUUGUUCUCCAGCUCCUUGGCCGUUUGCCGCUACCCUUGA